CAAAGCGGUCACAGCAGGCCGGAGCUCAAGCCGCGAGCGAAGGGCCAUGAAGAAGGCUCGACGAACAACGUCAAGUGAGGAUCUUCAUGUCACGCCCACUCUUCUUACAUGGGUUGUAUCCGCGGGCGUCGUGGUACUUUUCAGCGCAUUGAGCUUCAGCGCAGGAUACAGCGUCGGCAAGGAAGCUGGGAGAAUUGAAGCUUCGACUCUCGCAGCAGAUGAUCAGCUACGUUCGUGUGCUCGAGAGGCCGGCCGUUCCUCACUUGGACUGAAGCGAUCUCUGGCAAGGAGCGCAAUUCAGGUUUGAUUUUACAAUGAUAUGGCAGGCAGAAGCAUUUCUUUUAAGGCGAAAUGCAUUGCGAUGGUGUUUUACGAGAGAUGAUAUCAACUGAUGACGAUCUGGAAAAUGAACGCAACGACGACUAUUUAUUGAGAUGGAGGUCGAUGGACCCGAGGACGAUAUACCACACGAGCUCACAUAGCAUUUUCUCUUUUUCCUACUAUUCAUUCACAUGUGGUGGCGUUUCACUGAGUAGUGGUGUCGGCGGAGGAGUUUCUAAACAAAGAUGGCCUGUGGACGAGAGGACGAUUGGGAAGAAGGAAGGGCGGGGCGAUUCAUCCGAAGGAGAAAACGCCAGCAUAAUUUAUCCCUCACUCAAAUCAUUUUUAUGGCAGGGCGUGCUAGAAGGUCAAGCACGAUCGAUGGCAUGCAUAGCUAGAGUCUGACUAGCACCUUUUGUUUUUUUCAUCUCACUAAAUGUAAUGCAAGACUCAAUCGAUCUCUC